AAUAAUUUCACUCAAAAUGGAGCAGAAGACAAGUAAAAUGCAAGUUCAGCCUAAAAGUUCAGACAAUAUGACAGGAGACCUAAGUACACAGAAAAAUGCUGAGAUUACUGAAAAGGAACCAAAUGAGAAUUUAUUAGUUCAAGAAACCAUGCAGAACUUUGAUGAGCUUCCAUAUUCUCUCAGAAAGAACUCUGAAGAUUCCCAUGCUGAAGCAAGAAUAAACAUGGCUCAGAUAGAAGAAGGGAAGGAAGACUCUCCAGCUCUUCUAAGUUUGGCAGGAGGCUCUGAAAAGAUCUACCUUCCGUCUAAGAAGACUGUAAAGAAAACAGCAAGAUGUUGGAACGUCAAUCCAUGGCAAUCAAAAGCAAGCAAAGACAAGUUUGAUGAAAUCUGCUCCUUUGUUGACAAUAAUCAGAGCACUCAAUUAAUUAAGUCUCAAAGUCAAGGUGAGAAUGAGCCAUCAAGCAUAACUUGCCACAAAGCUUGUGGCAAGUAUAGUAAAAUCAAUCCAUUUAAAGUAUCUUUGGAUGCAGGCUCAACACGAUUUAAAGAAACUAUCUCUAAGAAUAGCUUGGCCACCUUUGAUCAAGAUGGACACAAGGAGGUCGAUUCAGUCAAGCCUCUUCCAAAUAGCGAUGAAAGUACUAUCUCAUUAAGAAAACCUUCAUUCAAACAGAUUGAUGAGCACUAUUCUACAACUUCAGAUAAAUCUAAGCGUGUUAAGAACGAAUUGAAAGUACAACAGAAACAUGUAGACUUCCAAAACAAAGUGUAUCCAGAUCCCAAAGGAAAUUGGCGAGAUAAGGUUUUCAUAAAUUCACCUCACAACUUUGAGAUCUGUGGGAGUUAUUAUAGCAUAUCUUAUAGCGAAAAUUUAAAUAAUUUCUUCCCGUCUCAUGACAUUAUCCCUCUUUGUGCUACCUGAUUUCUGAAACUUCCUGAUUCCAAUGAAAUAGAAGUAGAAAUAGAGAAAUCUAAAGGUCUUACUAUUUUCUUGUCCCAAACUUUCCCUAGAAAAGUGAAAACCUGAACAAUACAUGAUACAAGUGGUGAUGAUAUUACUCAGGGACAUGCCUACGCUCAGAUUUUGAGAAUUAGCUCUGCAGUUGAGAAGGAAAUAAUUUUUAAAGGAUUUGAGCUCAAAGAAAAACAUCUCAAAAGAUUUCUUGCAGCUUUCAGACAUGUUGAAACUGUCGAGUUGACAAUGUGCCAUCUCUUAGUUUCAAGAGUUCCAGAUCUUUCGUUGGCUCUGAAGGGGUCUAAGAUCAGGGUUUUAAAGUUCGAUUACACUGUUUUUAGAAGUAACAACUUCAGAUGGAGUGACCCUCUAUCACUGAAAAACUUUAUUGAUGGACUUGCUACGUCUCCUGAUCUCAAGCAAAAUUUGCAAGAGUUUCAUAUUGGUGAUAGGCGCUUUGAAGAAUUAGGUUUGCUAGACAUUUUUGAAGAAACAAUCACCAAGAUAUUUGCAGAUUCUUUAGGAAAAAGAAUUGCACUAAAAUUUAUCCAAAACGAAUUUAAGCUAUCGUUUGAUGUAUCGGACCUCUUUUAGACAUUAAUUGGCUCCAAUUCUGCUCAAUAUAACUAUUAUUGUA